AAAUAAAUAGUUUUAUUAUGCUGUUUGUCUAGUCUUAGAUAGAUUAUUGAACAAUUGAUAUGAUUUGUAUGAUGUCUUUAGCUUGUGGAAUUGUUGGUGAAUUUGAAUAGAGAUGGAACUAGAAUUUUGAGUUUAUGGAUUCGGGAUGAGGAACAUUGACUAACUAAACAUAUUCUUUGUGUGGGCAAUCCAAGAUGGAUUUACACAAGGAAGGUGAUAGAGGCUCAGCAAAGCAAAAGAAGGUCAAAAUUGUUUUUGUUAUAGGUGGUCCUGGAAGUGGUAAAGGAACGCAAUGCAAAAAAAUAGCACAACAAUUUGGAUACACUCAUCUUAGUGUUGGCGAGCUUCUACGUCAAGAAAUCAGUUCUGGUUCUGAAACUGGCUCUAUGAUUCAGAAAAUUAUGAAGGAGGGGAAGCUUGUUCCGACAGACGUAACCGUGAGGCUUCUUCAACAACCCAUGCAGGGAAUCAAUAAUGACAAAUUCCUUAUCGACGGCUUCCCCCGGAAUGAAGAGAAUGUUAGAGUAUUUGAGAGUCUUACAAAAAUAGAGCCUGAGUUUGUCCUUUAUCUAGAUUGUCCACAAGACGAAAUGGAGAGGCGAUUGCUCUCAAGAAAUGAGGGAAGAGAUGACGAUAAUAUCGAGACAAUAAGGAAGCGAUUUAAAGUUUUUAUGGAGUCAACUCUCCCUGCAAUUGAAUAUUAUGAAUCAAAGGGGAAAAUUAGGAAGGUUGAUGCUGGAAAAUCUAUUGAUGAGAUUUUUGAGUCCAUCAAAGUCAUUUUCUCACAAGGAAAAGAUAAUAAGGUGCCACCAAGCAGAUACAAGUGCAAAUGCUUGAUACUUUGAAUGGAUGAGCCUCAAAGCUUGAUAAUGUACAUAAAUAUUUUUACUGUGAGAUUUAACUUAAAGAUCCUAUCUGUGUGCUUUAACUUAUUGCAAUUGGUCAUGUCCCUUAUCUCCACUUAUUUUUCGAUGACUAGCUAUAGUUAUUUUUUGGGGGUUUUGAUUGUGUAAAAAAAAUUAUACGUAAGUAUAUAUAAGCUAAAUUCUGUAUUGUGUAAUA